AUGUCGACAAGAAAAGUACUUAUCUUGGGCGCGACCGGAAAGCAAGGCGCCGCUGUCAUCGACGCCCUCCUUUCUCUCCCCAAACGCACCACCUCUCUCGAACUUCUCGCUCUCACCCGUAAUCCCGCGUCUGCAAAGAUCCAAUCUCUUACCGAAGCCGCGAAACCAAAGGGUGUGACCAUCACCCCCGUUGAGGGCGACAUCAAAGCUUCUCCGAGCCCCGUGUUCCGCGCGCAUCCGAGUAUCGAUACAUCAUUCAUCGUAACCACCCCAGGAAACGAGGAUGUGGCAGGAAAAGCUUGGGUUGACGCGUCCAUCGACGCUGGAGCCUCUCAAAUCGUGCUGACGUCCGUUGACCGCGGCGGCGAGGACAAGUCCUGGACGAACCCUACCAACAUCCCUCAUUUCUACCAAAAGCACGAGAUCGAGCUGCACCUUCGCGACCGCGCAGACGAAUUGGAGAAGAACGGGAGAAAGCUGAAGUGGACCAUCCUCCGGCCAACGGCUUUCAUGGAUAAUACCAACCCGGGGACCUUCGGGAAGGUGUUUGCGGCGAUGUGGUCCACUCUCCCCGCCGAUCGACCCCUGCAGUUUGUGUCCGUCAGGGACAUUGGCCUAUUCGCCGCCGGCGCCAUCGCGGAGCCGGAGAAGUGGGACCGGAGGGCAGUUUCGCUUGCUGGGGAUGAUAUCACAUAUGCAAAGGCGAGGGAGGUGUUUAAGAAUGUCGUCGGGAGCGAGAUGCCUCAGACAUACACCAUUUUUGGACAGGGCAUGAUGUGGGCGAUUUCGGAUGUCGGCAGGAUGUUUGAUUUCUUCAAGAGAGAGGGUUACGGAGCUGACAUUCAGAUGCUCAGGAGAGAGCAGCCCAAGUUGCAGGAUUUUGAAACUUGGUUGAAGGAAAGCAGUGGAUGGAGUAAGGAAAAGAGCGAGAUUUGA